AUGUCACUGCUUCACAAGUUAGGAGCACAGCUUUCAGAGCUGUCUCCCGAGAAUGUUGAUCGAGAAGUUUCACACUUGCGUACAAAGGCUGGCCGUGAGCGCUUUGGGGAGGACAUGUUCAGUUAUGUCUCACCUCUCAACGUGUCCCUAGAUGAAGCAAGUGGAGCACGUGCAAGCUACCAGUACAUGCAAGUCUUGGAAGUUCUGAAGUGCUACCUCGAAUGGUGUACUGCAUCGUUCACAGGUUACCACACUGACAGUGACAGCAUGCUGAAGUCGGUAUUUGAUGGGACCGCUUUUAGAGUCCAUGACUAUUUUUGUGGUGAUCACCAAAAGCUGUGUAUCCAUCUCUACACAGACGAGUUCGAAGUUUGCAACCCCAUAGGAGCACAGAAACAAAAACACAAACUCAUGGCAGUGUACUACACAGUUUUCAAUGUACCAGCUCACCUGAGGACACACGUUGCGCACAUCCAUUUGGCACUCAUAUGCAAAGAGAAAUACAUAGAAAAAUAUGGGAUGGAUAAGGUACUUGAACUGCUGCACCGGGACGUGGAAAGCUUGGAGACAGAAGGAAUAAGUGUGAACGGCAGAAACGUCAAAGGCCGUGUGCUUUGUCUCUCAGGUGAUAACCUUUCAAGUCAUCGUAUUGGGGGGUUCAAGGCCAGCUUCAAUCAUGGACACAUCUGCAGGUUCUGCAUGGCGCUACAUAGCGACAUAAGCAGCAAGCAUCGAGAGCAGGACUUUGUGUUGCGCACUCCGUCACUACAUCAUUACCACUUGGACAUGUUGAAAGGCGGAGUGGCAACGUUGCCGCUUUUUGGGAUAAAAGCACCCAGUGCAUUGCAUUUCAGUGGGUUCCACCCCACAGAGCACCUUCCCCCAGAUAUCAUGCAUGACUUGCACGAGGGUGUCCUGCCAUUUGUUUUGCGUCAUGUCAUAGCAAAUCUUAUUUCAAAGAGAUUUUUCAGCCUCGACGAACUCAAUGAGCGCAUACGUAACUUUGCAUAUGACAAAUGUGACGCAAAGAACAAACCUGAGUCAGUCUCACCCAAGUUCUUGUCCAGUGGUGGUGUAAUGAGGGGAAGUGCAUCACAGAAGUUUUGUCUAUUUAGGAAUCUCACAUUGUACAUAGGCAACAGAAUCCCCAAUGAUGACGAAGGCUUGGCAGUUGUACCUUUCACUCCGUGA